AUGUCCAUUCUGUUUUUGCUGGGCACGGUCUUUCUGCUCUGCACAAACAAUGAGCCUUCAAUAUUUUGUUAUAAAUGUAAAAAGUUUCAUCUUGGGUUGUGCUAUGACCAGAUGAGUUCCUGCAUCCUGAAGUACCAACAGUCCUGUGCUAUUGAGAACUUUUACGUACUUACCAAAAAAGGGCGAAGUAUAUACUUUUAUUCCAAACUGUCAUGUAUGACCAACUGUGAGGACGUCAGCUUCCUGGGUUUUGAGAAGAGAACAGAGCUGAUCUGUUGCAGACAUAGUAACUAUUGCAACAUCCCCCAGGGAGCCUAG